AUGAGAAGAAAACCCGAGUCGCUCGAGCUCGAUAGCAACGAGGAGACCAUGAAUGCCUUCUACCUCACUACGGGUCAGCGCUUGACAUUUACUGCGCUCAUGCGCUGGAUGUUCUACAUAAACUUUCUGAUUGUUUGCUUCAUGCCCCGAAGUUCUACGCUUGGUGCGUUCAGGACUCAAUUCCACAAAAUCGACUUCAUUGGCAUAUUCCUUUUCGUCACCAGCGCUAGUUCUUUCCUGAUCCCUCUCUCAUGGGGUGGCAUCAUGUUUCCGUGGAACUCUUGGCACACUUUGGCGGCAUUAAUCCUCGGGAUUAUGGGGCUUGUCGCGUUUGGCGCAUAUGAUUGUCUGUAUUCAACCUUCCCCCUCAUUCCACCAGUGAUCUUCCGCAACAAAUCCACAGCAACUUCAUUGAUUGGCUAUUUUGCUAUGGGAUUUUUGCUUUGGUGUGAACUGUACUACCUCCCGCUUUACUUUGAGGCUGUAAAAGGAUACAACUCAAUCAUUGCUGGCGUGGCCCUUUUCCCCGCCACAUUAACCAUUGCUCCGAUAGCUAUUCUUACCGGUUCUCUUAUAACCGUUACUGGCAAUUGCUAUUGGACCAUUUUGACAAGCUGGCCCUUUUGUACGCUUGGGCUGGGGCUACUCUGUCUUCUUCAGGUUGAAACAAGUACACCUGCUUGGAUAUUCCUGUGCAUGGUAUCUGGUCUCGGGUUCGGAACGGGAAUGCCGGCAAUAGCUGUCGCCGUGCAAGCCUCGGACCUUCCAGAACAUGUUUCCAUUGCCAUCACCCUGUCAACGUUCUCCCGGAGCUUCGGGCAGGCGCUCGGUGUUGCAGUCGGCGGUGCCACUUUCGAAAAUCGUGGUCGAACAAUCUUGCUGCAGAACCCGCGUCUGGCCUCCGUCGCAGAUCGAUAUAGCCGAGAUGCAUUUGACGUGCUGAAUUUCCUGGGCCGGACGAACAAAGCUACUCGGUUUCAAAUCAGAUCGGCAUAUGUCCAAAGCCUGAGAGCAAUAUGGGCGAUUGGUGUUGGGGUCUCAGGAAUCACUCUCAUCGAAGAGGAUACAACGAAAGGACAAAACUUCGAAUCCUAG